CUUUAUGCCUCGGCCUCCCAGAGUAUGCUCUUGCCUAGGGCAGUGGCUGGCAGAGGUUCCCAUCUCUAAGCCCACGGUGGCCUGUUUUUCAUCUCUAAACCUCACACACAUUUGAUUCAGGCCCACUCACCCCUUGUCCUUGCUGGCUCUUCUCUGGGUGCCGGAACCCCAGUGUGUAAGCCCCAGGGUAUAAGCGGCUCCAUCCUGCCUGGCUCUAGGCAGCCUCAGACACCCCCUUUCGUUCUCAGUUUUCCUAUCUGGAAAGUGUUCUCAUUGGAUGGUGCAGAAAGCUCUUGGCUAGUCCUGUCAACAGUCAUUUUGUUAGUCACUCAACAGGUAGAUGGUGAGCCCUCAGGUUGCAGGCUGUGUGACUGGGGAUCCGGCAGGGACCAGCGGGGAGCGGGGUCUAGAGACACGGAAGGUGGCACAGGAGUAAACAAGAAGUCAGUGGCCCUGCUGGGUCAGUGCCAACCACAAAAGCAGGAAGAAAGACAGAUUGGAGCCUCAGGGUGGGGCCCUGUAGGCAGGUGACACUGAGACAGAGACCAAGGAGCCCGAGAAAUGUUCUAGGAGCAGGGUUAGGCCUUUGGUACCUGCGGUGGGGAGGCCUGCUCGGUGUCAUCUGAGGGAGUUUGGGUGACUCCCAAGUCCAUGGUGGGUGCAGGUUCCCACCUUCACAUGCAUGAUGUAGGGCAAAGGCCUGCUUCCUGUGGCGGCCAGGGGUGCGGCCUGAGCUCCGGAUGUAGACUCUUCUUAUCAGCCCCAAGCAGCUGCCGGGUGUAGGGAGGCUUGGGGUUCCUAGGGGCAUCAGCAGGGCAGCCCAGAGUCAUUGGCCAGUGUUCAAGCAUCCAGUGGAUGCCACCGUGCCUGAGACAUGAUUUGCAGUGCCUGCCCCUACAACUGUGGGGCUCCGGGUGGUGACUUUGCAUUUAGGUUUAUUGAUCUGUGUCAUGACAUCAACAGAACAGUGUUUGUCUCCUCAAGGGACAGUAUAGGUGACAGGGAGUGAGCCCAACAUGGAGGAAACACCCAAUGCAGGUGACCAGGCACGGCCCCUCCAGGGCUGCCUGCCCGCCCUAGCCACCUCCCAAGUGAAGCGCUUCUCAGCUUCCAGACGGAAGCAGCACUUCAUCAACCAGGCCGUACGAAACUCAGACCUGGUGCCCAGGGCCAAGGGUCGGAAGAGCCUUCAGCGGCUGGAGAACACCCAGUACCUCCUGACCCUGCUGGAGACAGAUGGGGGACCGCCUGGUCUAGAGGACGGAGACCUGACGCCUGCUGCGGCACCAGGCAUCUUCGCAGAGGCCUGCAGCAAUGCCACCUACGUGGAGAUAUGGAAUGACUUCAUGAACCGCUCUGGGGAGGAGCAGGAGCGGGUGCUGCGCUACCUGGAGGAUGAGGGUCAGAGCAAGGCCCGGAAGAGGGGGCCCGGCCGUGGGGAGGACCGCAGGAGAGAGGACCCGGCCUACACACCUAGUGAGUGCUUCCAGCGCAUCAGCCGGCGCCUGCGGUCCGUGCUCAAGCGGGGCCGCAUCCCCAUGGAGACUCUAGAGACCUGGGAGGAGCGGCUGUCGAGGUUCUUCUCCGUGUCUCCUCAGGCCGUGUACACGGCUAUGUUGGACAACAGCUUCGAGAGGCUGUUGCUGCACGCCGUGUGCCAGUAUAUGGACCUCAUCUCAGCCAGUGCUGACCUGGAGGGCAGGCGGCAGAUGAAAGUAAGCAACCGCCACCUGGACUUCCUGCCUCCCGGGCUGCUCCUGUCCACCUAUCUAGAGCAGCACAGCUGAUGGUGGCCACGCAGACCCCAGCCUCCGCCGCGCCCAGGCCUCCGAUGCCAUCUGCUAAGACACUUCUGUUUUUAGACUUCGUUCUUGGAAACUGGCUUUCCCUUUAGGGUGACUCUUUCUCACUUAGCCUUGUCCCCACUCUGCCCGGCUCUUAGAGCUCAACACUGGGGACAGGGCCUGCCUUGACUGUCCUAGUCUCCUAGUGCCCUAGCCUGGGACUUGUAUUUGGGUGGGGAGAUCUCACUGGGCACGUCCAUCUUUCUGCUUUAUUUAGCUUUUUUUUCCCCCCUCUGGCUCAGUCUAAUGCUCAGGUGGACAGGGAGAGGCUGAGUUUUAUCACUUUUUAUGAAUUGGGCAUGAUUUAUUGUAGAUUUUUAAAUUUCUCUUUUGGAGGGAAAAACCAAAAAAGGCCUCAGGUGUUUCACUGUGGGGCUUUGUCGUGAUCAUUGCUUGUCUCUUUUUAGCUGUCACUGUGUAUGUUUGGGAGGGUCCCAGGAGCAUUUCAUCUGUGUGUGUAUGUGUGUGACCCCACACGUAGGCAUGUGCGGCCCUGCAACCUGGGACACAGCUUUGUCUCAAGGGCUGGUUUGAUGCUUUUAAUGUGUGCAGCCUCUGCCUCCUCCUGCCUGCUCCUCAUGCCCUCCCUCCUUAUUCUGGGGACCCAGGACUUCCAGCCAGAAGCCUCUGUCCUUGCCUCCCUGCCCCCGCCUCCGUCCUCUCUGCUCAGCCUGGCUCUGGCCUUCUGCUCAGGGCCCCCUGGUGCUGGUCGCCCUCAGGGGACUCUGAUGUGGAGCAGGCCCAGCCCCUUGUCCCAUGUGUGGCCCAUUGUGUGCGAGUGUGUGUGUGGGGAGGGUGUUUAAUAAAUUCCUGGUGCUCUGGCA